UUCUUCACCAUCAUCAACCUCGUUACCUUCAAAAUGAUCACACUUGUCAUGUGGUAUUCACCAGUUGGCAUCCUGUUUCUCAUUACUGGCCAAAUAAUAUCCACAACUGACCUGACGGAGACUGGACAAACACUGGCUAUGUAUAUUGCAACUGAAAUGGCUGGAUUGGCGAUCCAUUUAUUGGUGGUCCUUCCUGGCUUGUAUUGUGUUCUGACCAGAAAGAACCCAUAUUCAAUACACCUCAAGGCAAUACAAGCUCUAAUAACAGCCUUGGCAACAAGCUCCAGUGCUGCCACGCUGCCGGUGACGAUGCAGUGUGUGGAGCAGCGGAUGAAGAUGGACACACGGAUUUCCCGUUUCAUCCUCCCAGUCGGUGCCACAGUCAACAUGGACGGCGGUGCUGUGUUUGCUGCCAUUGCUCCGAUGUUCAUUGCUCAGUACAAUGGGAUCAGCCUGACAUUCGGAGAUGUAAUAAUUAUAAGUUUAACAGCUGUUCUCAGCAGUGUAGGAUCUGCUGGUGUCCCUGGCUCUGGUUUUGCUAUGCUGUUGUUUGUUCUGAAAGCUAUUGGUCUCCCGGAACGAGGAAUAUCUUUCUUGGUUACCGUUGAUUGGUUGAUGGAUCGUUUCCGCACAAUGGUAAAUGUGGCCAGUGAUUGCCUGGUUGUUGGAGUUGUCUCCCAUUACACUAAACUGUCCCCAAGUGACACAUCAGAGACUCAAGGCGAGCCUCUGCGGGAGGAGCAGGAGAUGCUGGAGAAUGACCUGGUGUGAUGAACAACCAUCUCCUUACACGCCGCAAACUCCUCUCGUGAAGACCAAUUUUGUUUUAAGUCAACAAAACGUGAACUUCAGUAGGCAUGUUUUGUAAUGUACAUAUCAUAUAUAUGCUGUCACAAAAAAAAUUCUGAUGAGUGUGCACGUUUAAACUCCCUUUAGGGUCAGUGGCAGGUUAGAAGUUGGCUUUCCUUUUCAGUCAUGGUUUUUUUUGUACAGGUACUACAUGUAACGAUGAAUAGGCUUACCGUUUCAUGAACACAUUGUUUAAUCACUAUUUGAUUUUGGUAAAAUUGAUGAAAACCUUUUGGCUGAUACUGAUAAAUGGUGGUUUGAUAAGACUA